AUGUACAAGCGAAGGGAUUACGUGGACCUGUAUGAGCAAGACCAGGCCAAGUGGGCACUGCUACGCAAUGUCAACACUGUGUUCAAACACACCACCCUGCUACCGGGGGACUAUGUCUGGCUGGACCUCAAGACCGGCCGAGAGUUUGUGGUCCCCAUCGGUGCCGUGGUCAAGCUGUGUGACUCGGGCCAGAUCCAGGUCCUGGAUGACGAGGGGAAUGAGCACUGGAUCUCCCCUCAGAAUGCCACCAACAUCAAGCCCAUGCACCCCACCUCCAUCCACGGUGUGGAAGACAUGAUCCGGCUGGGGGACCUGAAUGAAGCCGGCAUCCUCCGCAAUCUGCUGAUCCGCUACAGGGAGCACCUGAUUUAUACCUACACGGGCUCCAUCCUGGUGGCUGUGAACCCGUACCAGCUGUUGCCCAUCUACACAGCAGACCAGAUCCGCCUCUACACCAACAAGAAGAUCGGGGAGAUGCCACCCCACAUCUUUGCCAUCGCCGACAACUGUUACUUUAACAUGCAGCGUAACAACAAAGAUCAGUGCUGCAUCAUCAGUGGGGAGUCUGGAGCAGGGAAGACAGAGAGCACCAAGCUCAUCCUGCAGUUUCUGGCAGCCAUCAGUGGACAGCACUCUUGGAUCGAGCAGCAGGUUCUAGAGGCCAACCCCAUCCUGGAAGCUUUUGGUAAUGCCAAGACAAUCCGUAAUGACAAUUCCAGCCGUUUUGGAAAAUACAUUGAUAUCCAUUUCAACAAGAGGGGGGCUAUCGAGGGAGCCAAGAUUGAACAAUACCUCCUGGAGAAGUCCCGGGUGUGCAGACAGGCACGAGAUGAGAGGAACUACCACAUCUUCUACUGUAUGCUGAAGGGCAUGACCCCUGACCAGAAGAAGAAACUGGGCCUGGGGAAUGCCACUGACUACACCUACCUCACCAUAGGAAACUGCACAGUGUGUGAUGGGCGGGACGAUAAGAAGGAGUACUCGAACAUCCGCUCGGCCAUGAAGGUUCUCAUGUUCACCGACACUGAGAACUGGGAGAUCUCCAAGCUCCUGGCUGCCAUACUUCACAUGGGCAACCUGCGCUACGAAGCCCGGACGUAUGACAACCUGGACGCGUGUGAGGUGGUGCGCUGUGUGGAUCUCAGCACUGCCGCCAUGCUGCUGGAGGUUGACCCCAAGGACUUGAUGAACUGUCUGACCAGCCGAACCAUCAUCACGCGAGGCGAGACGGUCUCCACCCCCCUCAGUAUGGAGCAGGCCCUGGACGUGCGGGAUGCUUUCGUGAAGGGAAUCUAUGGCAGGCUCUUUGUGUGGAUAGUGGAGAAGAUCAACGCUGCCAUCUACAAACCUCCCUCCAAGGAGCCCAAAGCUGUGAGGAGGUCCAUUGGCUUGUUGGAUAUCUUUGGGUUUGAAAACUUCACAAUCAACAGUUUUGAACAGUUGUGUAUCAACUUCGCCAACGAGAACCUGCAGCAGUUCUUUGUGCGGCACGUGUUCAAGCUGGAGCAGGAGGAGUAUAAUCUGGAGAACAUCAACUGGCAGCACAUCGAGUUCACUGACAACCAGGACGCCCUGGACAUGAUCGCCAUCAAGCCAAUGAACAUCAUCUCCCUCAUUGACGAGGAAAGCAAGUUCCCCAAGGGCACUGACACCACCAUGCUGAACAAGCUCAACUCCCAGCACAAACUCAACACGUACUACAUCCCACCCAAGAACACCUACGAGACACAGUUUGGGAUCCAGCACUUUGCAGGGGUGGUCUACUACGAAACAAGAGGCUUCCUGGAGAAGAACAGAGACACUCUGCAUGGUGACAUCAUCCAGCUGGUCCACUCCUCUAAGAACAAGUUCAUCAAGCAAAUCUUCCAGGCUGAUGUUGCCAUGGGCGCGGAGACGAGGAAGCGCUCUCCCACGCUCAGCAGCCAGUUCAAACGCUCCCUGGAGCUGCUCAUGAGGACGCUCGGCGUGUGCCAGCCCUUCUUCGUGCGCUGCAUCAAACCCAACGAGUACAAGAAGCCCAUGCUGUUUGACCGGGAGCUGUGUGUCCGGCAGCUGCGGUACUCCGGCAUGAUGGAAACCAUUCGGAUCCGCCGGGCGGGAUACCCCAUACGCUACACCUUUGUGGAGUUUGUGGAUCGCUACCGAGUGCUCAUGCCUGGAGUCAAGCCAGCCUACAAGCAGGAGGACCUCAGGGGGACCUGCCAGCGCAUUGCUGAAGCUGUCCUGGGAAGAGACGAUGAUUGGCAGAUGGGAAAGACAAAGAUUUUCCUGAAGGACCAUCACGACAUGCUGCUGGAGAUCGAGAGAGACAAGGCCAUCACUGACAAGGUCAUUCUGAUCCAGAAGGUUGUGCGGGGCUUCAAGGACAGGUCCAACUUCGUCAAGAUGCGAAAGUCAGCCAUGCUGAUCCAGAAGACGUGGAGAGGCUUCCAGUGUCGGAAGAACUAUAGCGCAAUGCGGGCAGGCUUCUCGCGGCUGCAGGCGCUGUACCGCUCGCGGAAGCUGUACACCACGUACCACGUGGCCCGCCAGCGCAUCACGCACUUCCAGGCCCAGUGCCGCGGCUUCCUGGUGCGCCGGGCCUUCCGCCACCGCCUGUGGGCCGUCAUCACCAUACAGGCCUACACCCGCGGCAUGAUCUCCAGGAGGCUGUACAAGAGGCUCAAAGGAGAGUACCGGCGGCGCCUGGAGGCGGAAAAGAUGCGUCUGGCGGAGGAGCAGAGGCUGAUGAACCAGAUGAGCGCCAAGAAGGCCAAGGCGGAGGCGGAGAAGAUGCACCAGGAGCGUCUGGCACAGCUGGCCCGCGAGGACGCAGAGAGAGAGAAGACGGAGCGCGAGGAGGCGCGGCGGAAGAAGGAGAUGGUGGAGCAGAUGGAGAAGGCACGGCACGAGCCCGUCAACGACUCCGACAUGGUGGACAAGAUGUUCGGCUUCCUGGGCACCACCAACUCCUUCCCUGGGCAGGAGGGCCAGGCACCAGCAGGGUUUGAGGAUCUAGAGCGUAAACAGAAGGACCUUGAAGAGGAGGACUUGGAUGAGGCUCUUCCUCUGCCUGAAGAUGAGGAGGAGGACCUCUCCGAGUACAAGUUCGCCAAGUUUUCUGCCACCUACUUCCAGGGCACCACCACACACACCUACGUCCGCCGGCCGCUCAAGCAGCCUUUGCUCUUCCAUGAGGAUGAGGGAGAUCAGCUGGCUGCCCUGGCUGUAUGGAUCACAGUGCUGAGGUUCAUGGGAGAUCUACCGGAGCCCAAGUACCACACAGCCAUCAGCGAUGGCAGCGAGAAGAUCCCAGUCAUGACCAAGAUCUACGAGACUCUGGGGAAGAAGACCUACAAGAGAGAGCUGCAGGCACUGCAGGGGGAGGGGGAGAGUGUUCACAAUGACAGUCACAAGAAGAGCAGUGUGCGUCACAAGCUAGUGUCCCUCACUCUUAAGAAGAAGUCAAAGAUUACCGAGGAGGUCACUAAGCGUCUUAAUGACGGUGAGUACUCCUUGCAUGGGAACAGCAUGCUGGAGGACCGUCCCACCUCCAACCUGGAGAAGCUGCAUUUCAUCAUCGGCAACGGCAUUCUGCGCCCUGCCCUCAGGGAUGAGAUCUACUGUCAGAUCUGUAAGCAGCUCACUCAGAACCCGUCCAAGAGCAGUCACGCUCGUGGCUGGAUCCUCAUCUCACUCUGCGUAGGCUGCUUCGCCCCGUCUGAAAAGUUUGUAAAAUAUUUGAGGAACUUCAUUGGCGGUGGGCCCCCUGGUUAUGCCCCUUACUGCGAGGAGCGUCUCCGGAGAACCUUUGUCAAUGGGACAAGGACACAGCCCCCAUCCUGGCUGGAGCUCCAGGCCACAAAGUCUAAGAAACCCAUCAUGUUGCCUGUUACCUUCAUGGACGGCACAACCAAGACCCUCCUGACAGACUCAGCCACCACAGCCAAGGAGCUGUGCAACGCACUGGCCGACAAAAUCAGCCUGAGAGACCGCUUCGGCUUCUCCCUCUACAUCGCACUGUUCGACAAGGUGUCCUCUCUGGGCAGUGGGAAUGACCAUGUGAUGGACGCAGUGUCACAGUGUGAGCAGUACGCCAAGGAGCAGGGGGCACAGGAGCGCAACGCCCCCUGGAGGCUGUUCUUCCGCAAAGAGAUCUUCACCCCCUGGCACAACCCCACCGACGACAACGUGGCCACCAACCUCAUCUACCAGCAGAUUGUGCGGGGGGUCAAGUUCGGGGAGUACCGCUGUGAUAGAGAGGAGGACCUGGCAGAACUGGCUUCGCAGCAGUACUACGUUGACUACGGAGCGGAGAUCCUGCUGGAGCGUCUGCUCAGCCUCAUACCCUCCUACAUCCCUGACCGUGAAAUCAACUCCUCCAGAACCGUGGAGAAGUGGGCCCAUUUCAUCAUGGCUGCACACAAAAAGGGAAUCUACACACAGAAAAGGAUGGAACCACAGAAGGUGAAGGAGGAAGUAGUGGAUUUCGCUCGAUAUAAGUGGCCUUUGCUCUUUUCCCGGUUUUAUGAAGCCUUCAAGUUUUCAGGUCCCAGCUUGCCAAAAAAUGAAGUCAUUGUGGCUGUGAACUGGACGGGAGUUUACUUUGUGGAUGAACAGGAACAGGUCCUGCUGGAGCUGUCCUUCCCAGAGAUCCUGGCAGUGUCCAGCAGCAGAGGAGGUAAGCUGCAAGGACAGAGCUUCACACUGGCCACGAUCAAGGGGGAUGAGUACACCUUCACUUCCAACAACUCCGAGGACAUCCGUGACCUCGUCGUCACUUUCCUGGAGGGGCUGAGGGGGAGGUCGAAGUUUGUUGUGGCCCUGCAGGACAACCCCAAUCCCACUGGCGAGGACUCCACCUUCCUGAGUUUUGCAAAGGGUGACCUCAUCCUCCUGGACCAGGAAACUGGGGAGCAGGUGAUGAAUUCAGGAUGGGCGCAUGGCAUCAAUGACAGGACCAAACAGAGGGGCGACUUCCCAGCCGACUGCGUCUACGUGCUGCCCACAGUAACCAGACCCCAGCCUGACAUUGUGGCUUUGGUCACCAUGACACCCGACCAGCGACAGGAGUCUAUCCGCAUGUCGCAGUUGGUGCUGACGGACAGUGAGGAGAGGGUGAAGCCAUACACACUGGAGGAGUUUUCUUACGACUACUUCAGGCCUCCUCCAAAGCACACGCUGAGUCGGGUGAUGAUCACGAAGAACAGGGGGAAGGACAAGAUGUGGUCCUGCACCAGAGAGCCCAUUAAGCAGCCACUGCUGAAGAAGGUGCUGAACCACGAGGAACUUUCCCAAGAGGCCUGCAUGGCCUUCAUUGCUAUGAUGAAGUACAUGGGUGAUUACCCAUCCAAACGAACGCGCACUGUCAACGAGCUCACUGACCAGAUAUUUGAAGGGGCCUUGAAGGCGGAGCCACUGAAAGAUGAGAUCUUCUGCCAGAUCGUCAAGCAGCUCACUGACAACCACGUCAAGUACAGUGAGGAGAAGGGCUGGGAAUUACUGUGGCUCUGUACGGGCCUCUUUCCCCCCAGCAAUGUGCUUCUGCCCCAUAUCCAGAGGUUCCUACAGUCCAAGAAGCACCACCCCCUCGCCCCUGACUGCAUGCAGCGGCUGCAGAAGGCCCUCCGAAACGGCUCCAGGAAGUAUCCCCCACACCUGGUGGAGGUGGAAGCCAUUCAGCACAAAACCACCCAAAUCUUUCACAAAGUGUACUUCCCUGAUGACACGGAUGAGGCUUUUGAAGUGGAGUCUAGCACAAAAGCCAAGGACUUCUGCCUGAACAUCUCUGGUAGACUACUACUUAAGUCCCCAGACGGCUUCAGCUUGUUUGUGAAGAUUUCUGACAAGGUGAUUAGUGUGCCAGAGGGAGACUUCUUCUUCGACUUUGUCAGGCACCUCACUGACUGGAUCAAAAAAGCCAGACCUGCAAAGGAUGGUAUAGUGCCUUCAUUGACAUACCAGGUGUUCUUCAUGAAGAAGCUGUGGACUAACACUGUACCAGGGAAGGAUUCAUUUGCUGACUCCAUCUUCCAUUACUACCAGGAGCUGCCCAAGUACCUGCGUGGCUACCACAAGUGCUCCCGUGAGGAGGUCUUCCAGCUCGGGGCCCUUAUUUACCGUGUCAAGUUUGAGGACGACAAGUCCCACUUCCCCUCCAUUCCCAAGAUGCUGAAGGAGCUGGUGCCCCAGGACCUGAUCCGCCAGCUCUCCCCCGAUGACUGGAAACGGUCUGUCGUGGCCUACUUCAACAAGCAGGCGGGCAAGUCUCGAGAGGAGGCCAAAUUAAUGUUCUUAAAAAUCAUUUUCAAAUGGUCGACAUUUGGAUCUGCCUUUUUUGAAGUAAAGCAAACUACAGAGCCAAACUUCCCUGAGAUUCUGCUUAUAGCCAUCAACAAGCAUGGUGUUAGUUUGAUUGACCCGAAGAACAAGGACAUCUUAACAACACAUCCCUUCACAAAGAUUUCCAACUGGAGCAGUGGAAACACCUACUUUCACAUCACCAUUGGCAACCUUGUGCGCGGCAGCAAGCUGCUGUGUGAGACCUCACUGGGCUACAAGAUGGAUGACCUUUUGACCUCCUACAUCAGUCAGAUGUUGACCACCAUGAGCAAGCAGCGCAACUCUCGAGGCAUCAGCAAGUGAACUGAUUACUGGCGAGAGGCGGUGGAGCUGAUUCGCCUGCUCCGGCCCGUGGGCCAGCCCUGCAGCUGGGGGCGGAGCUUCUCCACCCAGCUGUGGAGGAUGAGCCGCAGCCCCUCCUGCAGCUCAGCCGAGCUCGACGUGGACGAGCUCUCCCUCUCGCCCCCCUCCAGUGAGGACGACUACCUCUGAGUCCAGCCCGUCCCAGCCCGUCCCUGCCCAUCCCAGUCCCUCCUGAAGCUCAGCCGAGCUUGACGUGGACGAGCUCUCCCUCUCGCCCCCCUGCAGUGAGGACGACUACCUCUGAGUCCAGCCCGUCCCAGCCCAUCCCAGUCCAUCCCAGUCCCUCCUGCAGCUCAGCCGAUCUCGAUGUGGACGAGCUCUCCCUCUCCAGUGAGGACGACUACCUCUGAGCCCAACCCCCUCCUGUUACACCGAGCAGCCCGUCAGGACCCCCCAGGACAGGACAAGGAUGCUUUCAUCAGUCACUGCUGCAAUUGCAUACCACCCCUUCAAUAUACACACUUGUAUGUCCACAUAAACUGAACAUUUCUAUCUGGAAAAAAAAGAGUGGUACUUGAAACUUUUUCAAGAGCUGAAGAAAGUGCAGUAGCUUGCCUUUGGACACUUACUGUCAUGUGAGCACUGGCCAACACGGGUGUUGAAUUUUGUCACUGUAUGAUUAGUUACUUUAAGUAUACUGGAUAGAUAGAAUUACAGUAAAAGCAUUAAUAAAUUGUUUAAAAAUGGUCUUUUCACAUGGGUUUACAAACUUGUAACUGAAUGGGUUUUGUUGUUAUGGAUUCCUUUCCUUGCUUUUGAAGGCCUUAAGAUGAUCACUAUACCCUGUGCAGAAGUCUGAUUGUUUUCCAGUCAUUCUGUAGUUGUCCUAUAUACAGUUACACUGUCUUAAAUUCACUCAUGGCCUUUGCAUCAUUUAACUGAAAACAGGUAACAUUGAGAAAGUAUGUAGUUUAUGCUUAUUUUGUGUGGAGGAGGUAGGCCCUGGUCUUACUGAAAAUGUACAUGUUCUCCCUGCAUAGCACAGCACAGCUGAUUAGGAUAGGAUCCAAUGGAAGCCUUGCCCAGGAUCAAAUACUAACUUAUUUUUGUUAAAGAUCAUUCACAACUACAUGCAUUCAUCUGAAGUGAGAUAUCACACUGCAGAACCUCUUGUUGCACACUGACCAAAGAGGUACUGUGAGCAGUGUAUCCUUGUAAAUUCUAGCAUGUAUGUUACUUUAUUAACACAACUUAAGUAGGGCAGUCUGUAUCUUCCUAGUUUAAUCUGAAAGAAUAUAACAUUUCAGUGGUCAAGUAUUUCUGAAAUGGUGAUUGGUCCUAAAGCAUGUGAAGUAAUGGUUUUAGAUUUCUGUCCCAUAGGUUGUGUGUCUAGUUUACUCAAGUAAACAAAAUGUUUCAUAUAUAUUUAAUGCAAGCAGUAUCUAUGUUGUAAUACUGUUUUAAUUCUGAAUGCACAUAAAAAGUAUUUUGUAUUUGAACUGCUCACAGCUGAGAGAAUGGUUACCUCUUUAUGCAGUUUUCCCUUAUGAAAGGAAACUGCUGUUUUAUAAAACCGAACAAAUAAAAUUGUCUUUAAAUCCA